GGUGGGGAUGCCGUGAUGGCCCGCCAGUCGGCGGCAGCCCACAAGGUGAGACCGGCCUGGCCCGUAAAGCAACACGGCAACCCACCACCUACGUCGUCGUCUCCGCCGCCUUGCUCUAUCCAUCCGUCGGCGAUGCAGGCCGCCGUCGCCUUGAGCCAGAGCCAGGCGUCCCUUCUCGUCCGGCGGCUCCCAAGGCCUUACUACUACGCCGGCGGGCCGGAGCCGGAUGAUGGUGUGCUGCUGCUAGGACGACGAGGCGUGUCGCUCCCGCUCCCGCUCCCGCGGCUGCGGCUGCGGCGCGCCUGUUGCUCCUCGAGCCUACCCGUCGGUACCGGCGCCGGCGCCGGCAGUGAGCAUGUCCUUGUAUUCCCAAGACAAAAAACAUGGGAUCCUUACAAGCUUCUUGGUGUUGACCAUGAUGCAUCUGAAGAAGAGAUCAAUAGUGCAAGAAACUUCCUCCUUCAACAAUACGCUGGGUAUGAAGAAAACGAAGAGGCAAUUGAAGGUGCCUAUGAUAAGAUAAUGAUGAAGAGCUACUCACACCGUAAGAAGUCCAAAAUCAACCUGAAAAGGAAAUUAAUUAAGCAAGUGGAAGAAUCCCCAUCAUGGGUUAAGUCACUGCUUGGACACUUUGAGGUGCCAUCGAUGGAUGUUGUGUCAAAAAGAUUUGCUCUUUUCGGAUUUAUUGCUGGGUGGAGCAUCGCAACUUCUGCUGAGACUGGACCUACCUUCCAGCUUGCACUGGCACUCGUGUCAUGCAUAUACUUUCUCAACGACAAGAUGAAAAACCUUGCCAGGGCGUCUGCUACAGGGCUUGGACUCUUUGCGGGUGGCUGGAUAGUAGGUUCGCUGGUAGUCCCAGUGAUCCCGGCAUUUGUUUUCCCGCGUACUUGGUGUCUGGAGCUCCUUACUUCGCUGGUCGCUUAUGUAUUUCUAUUCUUGGGUUGCACUCUCGUCAAGUGAAAUCUGUGACACUUGAAACCGUUGUUGUUUCUGCGAGAUUUUCUGUUGCUGA